AAAUAAAUAAAUAAAAGUGAGAGAGAAACCGGUUGCAGGCGGUGAGACCGUUCUUGUUUAUUCCGUAUAAAUAGAGCUUAACUAACUCUUAAUUUUGAAACUUACUAUUAUUUGAAUCACAUCAUCACACUAAUCACACUCUCAUUUCUUCGUUUUCUCAUUUCUCAUUCUUCAAUUCCUUCAAACCUUUUACUCUUUCAAUCAAUGGGAACCACUCAGAGCCGCGAUGGCCAUAUCUCAGACUCAGAUGAUUACGAAGAAGUAGAUGAUCGCGACGAAGAAGACGAAGACGAAGAAGAAGAAGAACAUUACGACGAUGCUCUGGCUGACCAUCAACCCAAAUCCCAUUCUUUUACCACUCCUAAAUCCAGAACCGCCUCCGCUUCAGACUCCAUUAACGAUCUAGAUGCCAAGCUUAAUGCCCUUAAGCUCAAGUACUCUUCUGCUUCUCCAUCUUCUACUUCUUCUCAGAACCCUAAUUCGAAAAACGCUGUUAAACUCUACCUCCAUAUUGGCGGGAAUACUCCCAAGGCCAAGUGGAUCAUCUCCGAGAAGUUUACGUCUUAUGAUUUCUUCAAGAUGUCCGAUGGUGAUCGUGAUGAUGAGGAUGAGGAAGAGGAUUUCGGUGAGGGGUACUGGUUUCUCAAGGUUGGGACUAAGGUUCGAUCUAAGGUUGCGACCGAUAUGCAAUUGAAGAUGUUUGGUGACCAGAGGAGGAUUGAUUUUGUAUCUAAGGGCGUUUGGGCGUUGAAAUUCUACACUGAUGAGCAGUACCGGCGGUUUGUGACGGAAUUUCAGGAUUGUUUGUUUGAGAAUGUGUACGGGCUCGAGGCGACGGAAGAGAACAAGGUUAAGAUCUAUGGGAAAGAGUUUAUGGGGUGGGUUAAGCCCGAGGUGGCGGACGAUUCGAUGUGGGAGGAUACAGAUGAUGAGCUGCAAAAGAUCUCUAGUCCGGCGACGCCUGCACGGUCCAAUCAAGACUUGUUGGAAGAGUUCGAGGAGGCCUCCAAUGGAGGGGUUCAGAGCUUGACCCUGGGUGCUUUGGAUAAUAGUUUCUUGGUGAGUGAUAAUGGUGUUCAAGUUUAUAGGAAUCUCAGGCAUGGUAUUCAUGGGAAAGGAAUCUGUGUAAAAUUCGAUAGCGGGAAUUCGCGUGGAGGUUCUUCCAGUUUGGGUUUGGGGGAAUCGACUCCGAAUAAGGCCCUUCUCAUGAGAGCGGAGACUAAUAUGCUUCUCAUGAGUCCAUUCAAGGAAGGGAAACCUCACACCACAGGGCUUCAACAGCUUGAUAUCGAAUCAGGGAAGAUUGUCACCGACUGGAAGUUUGAAAAGGAUGGUACCGAAAUUACAAUGAGGGAUAUCACUAAUGAUACUAAAGGGUCACAAUUGGAUCCUUCAGAAUCGACAUUUUUGGGGUUGGAUGAUAACAGGCUUUGUCAAUGGGAUAUGCGUGAUCGCAAAGGAAUUGUUCAGAACAUUGCUUCUUCGAAUUCUCCUGUUCUGCAUUGGAGCCAAGGGCAUCAGUUCUCACGUGGGACGAAUUUUCAGUGCUUUGCCACCACCGGAGAUGGGUCUAUUGUUGUUGGGUCUCUUGAUGGGAAGAUACGUUUGUAUUCGAAGACCUCAAUGCGGCAAGCAAAGACUGCUUUUCCUGGGCUUGGUUCUCCCAUUACUAAUGUUGAUGUAACUUAUGAUGGGAAGUGGAUCUUGGGAACCACUGAUACUUAUUUGGUUCUUAUAUGUACUCUCUUCACUGACAAGGAUGGAAAGACAAAGACUGGAUUUAAUGGUCGGAUGGGGAACAGGAUACCGGCUCCCAGAUUGCUGAAGCUGACUCCUCUGGAUUCACAUUUGGCUGGCUCAGACAAUAAAUUUCAUGGAGGUCAUUUCUCUUGGGUUACUGAAAAUGGUAAACAAGAGCGGCAUCUGGUUGCAACAGUGGGCAAGUUCAGUGUGAUUUGGGACUUCCAGCAAGUGAAGAACACCGCACAUGGAUGUUACCGGAAUCAACAAGGCCUUAAGAGCUGUUACUGUUACAAGAUUGUACUGAAGGAUGAAUCCAUUGUAGAGAGUCGAUUCAUGCACGAUAAGUUUGCUGCCAGCGACUCCUCCCCUGAAGCUCCAUUGGUGGUUGCAACUCCCAUGAAAGUCAGCUCAUUCAGUCUUUCUGGAAAAAGAUGAUUUUUCCUUGUUUCUUUUGCUUUCUGUAAUAAUGUUCAUUCAAGAUUUCACUUAACGUGGUGAACCUCUCUUCUGUGUGUAAUUAAUUACACUGGUUUUUCUUUUGCCUUUGCUUGUUUUGUUUUUUUCAUUUGGUGAUGAUGCUUUUGGUUGUAAUUAGUUGAGAGUUUGUUUUCUCUUUUCCACACUUGUAAAUCGCAGAGUUGGGACAUUUUUAGUGUGUCAAUCCUGAAAGGUGUAGUUAUUUUGAUUUUUUAUUUUGUCUUAGUAUGGGAAAAGGUGCAACUUCUCUCUCUCUCUCUCAAAAUGGUAUGAAUAUUAAUAUUAAAGUUGUUUGUUUAA